UCUUUACGUCCGUCUGUCAUCGGGACACAGACAGGUUAGGAUGUCGUUGUCAAAUCGCCAAACAAAAUAAACAGAUUGAUAUAAUGAAAGCGGCGUGUAUCAUACUGACGAUAAUCAUCUUCGUCGCCAUCAUGGCGGUUUGCGUGAUGGUCAAGUUCGCCACGGACAUAACGGUGGAGGAGAGGAAGAGGGACUACCUGCCGGGGGCCGGCGUGUACCAGGUAGCCAAAUCCAUAGCUGUGAUAGCGCUAAACGAGAACAAGAGCCUGCCUAUAGCCGAGAGGUAUCCGUACGUGGCCGCCAUAGCGAGGAACUCGUCAUCCUCCUGGUCUUUCUCCUGCUUCGCGAGUGUAGUGCUGGUGAAGUGGGUGGUGACGUCGGCGCACUGCAGGCGAAAAGACGCCGCCCACAGAGUCCUGCUGCUGUACGACUUCACCAGGAACUUCAGCCGCUCCUUCCCCAUCCUGUACUGGCGUAUUAACGAGAAGUUCAACAUCAACAACACGAUACCGCUCUACGACAUUGCGGUCGCCAAAUUCAAUAUCGACGACUACCCUUUCACGAUCAAACCGUCCACCUUCGACGACAGGGCGGUGACGGAGUGCGAGGCCAGUAUAUGGAAGACGGUGUCCGCCAUGGACAAGAGGGUCUUCCUCAUCAACGACUUCGACAGCUUCGAGAUGAGGAUAGCGUCUCCCAACAGGUGCUACGAGAGCUACGGCAUCCAGGUGGACGAGAGCAUGAUCUGCAUCGACAUGUCGGACUACGACGACUGCUUCAUACACGAGUUCGGACCCAUCUUCAACGGAGACAAGCUGGUCGGCGUGCUGGCGGUGAAGCCGAGAGACUGUGAAGUGAAGUACGCCAUAUUCACCAACGUGUCGUACUUCGCCACGUGGAUAUUGAAGCUGACGCACACCGCCUUCCACGGCUGAUGGUGACGUCACAUUUAUAUAUUGUUUUAGUUUAUUUAUUAUUAUACAUUACG